AUGACACCGUUAAACCUUCGGUCCUUCUUGAUUCCUGCGCUUCUAGGCGUACUGCACAUCCCAGCAUGUCGUGCCGUCACGACAGUAUCCGUGAGUGCAACGGCAAGUCAUACGAUCCCCACGACCCUAUUACUACAAAACAGGGCCUUCCAGCAGGUUACUCCUAGCGAUACGAGCGCCCUGGAUCCUUGGGUGGCUGUCAACGGUGCUGAGCUCGAGGUUAUUGCGGAUACAGACCCUGUGUCAAGCGCGCUUCCGAACUCUCUGCAAGUUUCGAUACCUUCGGACGCGACGGGCUCGGUGGGCUUCAGUAAUCCUGGCUACUGGGGUAUCAAGGUGGACUCGUCCUGGACCUACAAUGCGUCACUCUACUAUCGCUUUCCAUCAGAGUCUUCUUACUCUGGUACUCUCACUGUCGGUCUUGAAUCAGACACCGGAGAGGUCUUCGCGUCGAACUCCACCACCAUUGACGGUUCGCAGACGUCGUGGGCGAACAUUUUCCUGACGUUGACGCCCUCGAGUUCUGCUUCAAACACGAACAAUAGCUUCUUCGUUGCCGUAAAUGGCUCUGAGGCUGCGGGCAAAACUAUCGACUUCGCCAUGUUCUCGCUGUUCCCGCCCACAUACAAGAAUAGGCCAAACGGGAUGCGUAUCGAUAUCGCUGAGACCCUUGCUGCAAUGAAGCCCGCUUUCUUCCGCUUUCCGGGUGGUAACAACAUUGAGGGCCAAUCGUUUGAUACACGCUGGCAGUGGAAUGCGACAGUCGGUUCUCUCUUGGACAGACCGGGUCGCGUGGGUGAUUGGGGAUAUGUGAAUACGGACGGCCUUGGUCUCCUGGAGUACUUGACAUUCUUCGAAGAUGUCGGUAUGCAGCCGAUCAUGGCAGUCUGGGCAGGCUACUCCUUGGACGGAGAGAGCGAACCUGAAGAUGCGCUCGCACCCUUCAUUCAGCAAGCGAUUGAUCAGAUUGAUUUCGUCGUCGGCGACCCAAGCACCAGCGACGCAGCUGCCUUGCGAGCCUCGUUGGGCCACCCCGAACCAUUCUAUCUGAAAUACGUUGAAAUCGGAAACGAGGACUUCUUUGCGUCGGAUUCAUAUACGUACAGGUGGCCGGACUUCUACGGUAAUCUGAGCGCGGCAUUCCCAGAUUUGACCUUCAUCGCGACGACAUAUCCGUUUGAUCCUGUCAUCUACCCGACGCCUCCACAUUACGAUGUGCAUGUUUACCAAACACCAGAAUGGUUUGUCGAGAACGCUUUCUAUUAUGAUAACUUUGAGCGGAACGGGACGACUUACUUCGAGGGAGAAUACGCAUCGAUCUCUACGAACGCCAGCAAUCUCUACGGGACUUCAGCAGAGGGGCGCUUCUUGUAUCCGACCAUGCAGAGUUCGACGGCGGAAGCUGCCUUCAUGACAGGUCUAGAGCGUAAUAGUGACAUCGUCUUCGCUGCAUCAUAUGCUCCUCUACUUCAGCUCGUGAAUGACUCACAAUGGACUCCUAACCUCGUCAGCUUUGACGCGGGUAAGGUAUACCCUUCUACGAGCUACUACGUACAACAGGCAAGUUAUGCUAAUGCGCGGGAUCUCUUUAGCGUGAACGUCGGCGAUGAAUACCUCCCUAGCACACUGCCUACGGAGAACGGCGCGCUCUACUGGACAAUCUCGCGCAACUCCACUUCCAACGAUGUGUUCAUCAAGGUCGUCAAUCCGGUGUCGGACGAGCAGGACGUACUGUUCGACUUGGCCUUCACCAGUGUUGCGAGUUCUGGUACGCUGCAGCUCUUGCAGGGUAGUCAGAACGAUAGCAACACGCCGGAGAUAGCAGACCUGGUAACACCACAUACGAGCACGAUCGCUACCGGACAGACGUUCGACUAUACGGCGCCGGGCUACAGCGUCAGCGUGAUCACAGUCAAUGCGAGUUGA